AUGUCCACACAAGCUGUAGUACCCCCUUCGCCACCUCUUGCGGCUUCAAAGCCCAAGAAGCAGCCAUAUCCUUUCUAUCUCGGUGGUCUGGCGGCAACUAUCGCUGCUUCUAUCACUCACCCUCUCGAUCUUACCAAGGUCCGCCUUCAGGCGUCGGGUGACAAGCGUAUGGUAGAUUCCAUAAAGAAGACCAUCCGCACUGCUGGCGCAAGGGGUCUCUUUGACGGUAUCUCUGGCACUUGGAUGCGCCAGAUGAGCUACAGCUUGUGUCGCUUCUGGGCAUAUGAUGAGAGCAAGAAACUCUUGGGUGCGACCCCCCAAAGCCCUGCGUGGAUCCUCGCCACAGCAGGUGUAAUGGCUGGCUCCCUCGCGGGUGUCGUUGGUAAUCCUGGUGAGGUUGUCAUGGUCCGUCUGCAAGGCGACUUCGCAAAACCACCCGAAAAGCGCUUUAAUUAUAAGCAUUGCUUCGACGCAUUGUUCAGAAUGGUCCGCGAGGAGGGCCCAUCAUCACUUCUGCGAGGUGUAGGCCCUAAUGUCUUCCGGAGCAUCUUGAUGAACUCCAGUCAACUGGCUUCGUACGACUUCUUCAAGGCUGAGCUACUGAAGACAAAGUACUUCGAUGACAACAUCGCUUGCCAUUUCACGGCCAGUUUCGCAGCAGGAACGGUUGCAACAACCGUCUGCUCACCCGCAGACGUGCUGAAGAGCCGUAUCAUGAACGCUUCUGGACCUGGCUCGAGCUCAACACUCGGAGUAAUCCGCUCCUCUCUAGCAACCGAAGGCCCGAUGUUCAUGUUCAAAGGCUGGCUCCCCGCAUGGACGCGUCUCCAGCCUACUACCAUCCUCAUCUUUUUGACCCUCGAGCAGCUGAAAAACGCCGUGGACUGGAAACGCGGAUCUUUGUAA